UGAGAGACAACAAACAACGUGAUAGUAGCACUCACUGAUCCGAGUGCAGAGCCACGAGGCGAGAAAUAAUUAUAGAGCCAGAUCUGAGAGCUACCUAUCAUCUUCUUGCAACUUCCAAGUCUCUAGAUUAGCGGAAACCCUCCUCUCUAGCCCACCAUGGUUGUGGCCAAGCUCAUCGACAAACGGCUUCACAAUGUGCCUGGCCGGUUGCGAGUCGCGGAGCUCUUCUUUGACGUCCCUGUCGACUACAGCAAACCAAACGAGGCGACUCUGCGCCUGUUCGCACGCAGUGUGCGUCGGUUCAAUACUCCCGUAGAACCGACCAAGGAGGACAAGCAGCUGCCAUGGCUGGUCUUCCUCCAGGGCGGUCCCGGUAUGGGAUGUCGUGCCCCGCAGGAGUAUGGCUGGAUUAGCACUGUCCUGGAUAAGGGAUAUCAGGUUCUCUUCCUCGAUCAGCGUGGUACUGGCCUCAGUUCGACCAUCACGGCCGGCACGUUGGCCCGGCAGGGCAAUGCGAUCAAGCAGGCUGAGUACCUAAAGAAUUUUCGAGCCGAUAACAUUGUGCAAGACUGCGAGGCUAUUCGGAAGUGUCUGACGGCCGAGUACCCCGAGGAAAAGCGCAAGUGGAGCCUCAUCGGUCAGAGCUUCGGCGGCUUCUGUGCCGUGACCUACCUGUCGAAGUUCCCCGAGAGUCUGACGGAAGCCUUCAUCUGCGGUGGGCUUCCUCCCCUGGUGGACACGCCCGACCCAGUGUAUGCCCACACUUACGGCAAGGUCGCACAGAGAAAUGCGGCGUACUAUGAUAAGUUUCCCGAGGAUGCAGACCGAGUGAAGCGCAUCCUCCGCUUCCUGAAGGACAACACCGUAGCGGUGUCUUCUGGAACCCUUACGCCAGCGAGAUUCCAGCAGUUGGGCAUCUUGUUCGGCGCGCACGGUGGUCUGGAUACCAUGCAUGAUCUCGUCCUGCGAGCAUGGAACGAUCUGGAAACCUUCGGUUUCUUCACGCAUCCCACGCUCAAUCUGAUUGACAACUACGGCGGAUAUGACAAUAAUAUCAUCUAUGCGGUUCUCCACGAAGCGAUCUACUGUCAAGGCAAAGCAUCUUACUGGUCGGCGGAUAGGCUGCGUUCGUCGCUGCCCCAGUUUCAGAUUGACCACGAGAAAGAACAGAUCUUCUUCACGGGUGAAAUGAUCUACAAGGACAUGUUCGACUCCUACUCGGAACUCCAGCAGGUCAAGGAAGUAGCAGACAUCCUCGCCUCAACCGAUGACUGGCCCGUGUUGUACGACGAAGCCCAGCUCGCCGAGAACCAAGUCCCCGUCUACGCAGCUACCUACGUUGACGACAUGUACGUGCAUUUCGACCUGGCCACUGCCACCGCGGCCAAGAUCAAGGGAAUCAAGCAGUUCAUCACCAACACCAUGUAUCAUGACGCGUUGCGCUCCAGGUCGGAUGAGCUCAUGCGCCAACUCUUCUCCUUGCGUGAUGACUCCAUUGACUAGUCUAUGAACUGC